CACUGCUCAUGUAAUGUCUAAUAUCACCCUUCCUAUAAUUAUUAUCAUUAGGCUGAGGAGGUCUUAAGGCAUAAACUUCCUGCAAAGCCCACCACAUCACCAUACUCACCAUCGUCGGUUGCACAGUCCUCAUCUGUAUCACAAUUGAACUCUUCUGCAACGACAAGUGCCACGACCACAUCGUCGUAUAAUCUCACAUCAUUGAAACUGAUGGAGCUUCUUCAGCUACGGAAUCAUGAUCCUUCUGUUUGGACUGUCGAUCGUCUAUCUGAAGAAUUUGGGAUGAAGAGAGAGGAUAUUCAAGCGUUGACCAAAUAUGUCAAUACCUAUACAAUUAUUCCAGGCAAAGAUGCCAAGGGUCGCGAAUCUGGCGUUUGGUGUGAGGACCUUCGAGGCGUUCAAGUUUUAGAGAGAGCGAGCGCAAUGCAAAAGGACACCAAGAAUGGUGGUGAGUCCGCAUCAGCUGCAGCUGCAUCGACGUCAGCAUCAUCUUCAUCAUCACCAUCAUCAACGACAACAACAAUAUCAACUGCGAUGACUAGGAACAGAGAGCAAGCACUAUAGAAAAACAGCCUACUGAUGAUCUCUUCAAAGUCAUGCGGACCCCUUUUGUAAUAAAUAAUAAUGUUUGAAGGCAGAGACGAAAG